GCGUCGCGAGCGCGGAGCAGAAGCAGCAGCGCAGCAGCGAGAACAGGAGCGAGAGCGCCCUCCAGGCCGCCGCCAUUUUGUAGCCGAGACGGCGGAGGAAGGAGAAGGCAAAGGAAGGGAAGGGAAGCGGAGGAGAAGGACGCGGCGGCGGUGAUAGAAGAAGGAGCAGGAGCAGCCUUCCCCGGUUCUCUGAGUCCCGGUUCUCUGUCCCUUCCGCCCCAGACGCCGCCGCAGCUCCGCCAUCAUGUCGUCCCCGGCCGCCCCGGUGCCCGAGUACUCCUCCUUCUUCGCCGUCAUGGGCGCCUCGGCUGCCAUGGUCUUCAGCGCCUUGGGAGCAGCAUAUGGCACAGCAAAGAGCGGCACAGGUAUUGCAGCCAUGUCAGUCAUGAGGCCGGAGCUGAUCAUGAAGUCCAUCAUUCCUGUUGUCAUGGCGGGUAUUAUAGCAAUCUAUGGCUUGGUAGUGGCAGUCCUUAUUGCCAACUCCCUCACAGACACAAUUACACUGUACAAGAGCUUCCUUCAGCUGGGUGCUGGUCUGAGCGUUGGCCUGAGUGGGCUGGCUGCUGGCUUUGCCAUUGGCAUUGUGGGUGAUGCCGGUGUACGGGGGACUGCACAACAGCCUAGGUUAUUUGUGGGCAUGAUUCUCAUCUUGAUCUUUGCUGAAGUCUUGGGUCUUUAUGGCCUCAUUGUUGCCCUUAUCCUUUCCACAAAGUAAAUAAAAUAAAAAUAUCACCAACAGAGUAUGAUGUAAAAAAAGAUGAACCCCCCUUCCCCAGCUCCAGAAUGAAAAUGGUCUCUCCACAAUGUGUACAGUUGUCAUCAGUUUGGUAGUUGAUCUCUUGUAAAUGCGCAAUGUAUGUUAGUGACUUGUCUGUCCUGUGUGUACUUCAAUAUAAAAAUAAUGGAUGAGCUGCUUCAAGCCCCUUUAGCAAGACUUGAGGGAAGCUCAUGUGCAAUUUUCCAUCCAUUUUGCCAUUAGAGUACUUUAUGUAUAAAUAUGAACUAGAAAUGGUAACUUUUUUCUCUUCACUGGAUGUUUUAUUUAUAAGACUUGACAUGUUCAUACAUAUGAAGCAAGAGUUUUCAAUUUCCCAUGCUAUAUAUAUUAAUCUCAUAUAUAGGUAGAUUAAUACACUGUGGGGUUAAUUGUAAGUGCAGAGAAAUCCUUGGAUGUAAUUGAUUCUAAAAGAUUGCUGUUGUGUCCUGGUAUUGGAGUGUGAGACCGUUUGUGUUUAUACAAUAACAGCAGAAAUGUCUGAGACACUCCUGUGUUCCCAAUAGUAAAAUCUGUAUGCUCCGGCAUCUAAAGUCGUGCACCCAGUGUUGGGUUUUGCAGUUAUACGUUUCCAGAUAAUAAAAUUUCCUCCACUACAUCAUUGUA